AUGUUGAACACUUUUUUGUGCAACUUUGUCAAAAAGGAGCACCCAAGUCUGAGCUCGGAUCUAAAGAGCCUUAAGCAAACUGACGUCACUAAAACAGAAAUUCAUCUCAAUAAUGAUCAAUACGUUGGUAUGGAAGCACAUGCGAUACUUGAAGAUUCAAAGACAAAAGCCCCAAUAGAAGAAGUGAACAAAUUUUAUGCUAGUUGUCGUGAGUUUUAUGUCGAAAUAGUAUUGCAAAUUCAAAAGCGGUUAAACUUGAAUGAGAAACUUUUUGAACUAUUGAAGUAUGUGGAUCCAAAAAUAGCAAGAAAUGUGAAGAAACAAUCACUGAAAGAUGAGUUUGAUAAAUUUAACUUUUUAACGACAAAAUGCAACAUGCAAAAGACAGAUAACGAAGGGAGAAAUCAAGCUCUUAUAGACUUAAAGCAUUUUGGAGUUAAAAGCGAAGAAGAAUUAAAAACAUGCCAGCUGACAUUUAUUCGAAUAAGAUUCUAA